GUAGUUCCAGGAGGCCAGCGCGGGCGAUUUGGAGUCUGGCUGGCAAAUUUUCCAGGUAUCCGCUUGUGCAGGGUGAGGGACAACCAUGUCUCUUGUAUUGGAUGACUCCCAGUGGCCUGAGCAUCUCGCCCCGCUGAAAGAAGUGGAUAACUUGUUGCGCUGUGGGAUAUGCUUUGAUUACUUCAAUAUUGCAAUGAUCAUCCCUCAGUGUUCCCAUAAUUAUUGUUCUCUGUGCAUACGCAAGACCCUGUCUAAUAAAGCUCAGUGUCCUACAUGUUGUGUGCCAGCUGUAGAACCUGACCUGAAAAAUAACCGGCUGUUGGAUGACCUGGUAAAAACUUUUAGUUCUGCAAGACAACUAUUAUUCCAGGCAGUUUUGGAUUCUCCAUCAGUUUUGCCUCCAGGACUUUUAACAGAGAAGGUUGUUGUCAAAGACCACAUUUUGAGUUCUUCAGGUGGUUUUGCUUUACGACAGGAAUGCCCAAGUAACUUUUUAGUCAAAGAACAGACACCUAGAUCAUUCAAGACCUUUGUGAGGGAAAGUAAGAAGAUCAAAGUGAAGGUGGAACAGGACCCCUAUGGUUUUGAAGAAGACCACAUGCCCCCGACCAAAGGAGCAGCAAGUGCAAGUCCUAAGGAAGAUACAAGACAACCUGAAACACCCUCGACUUCUGCAACAAAAGUUGUCACAAAGGUGGAGUGUCCAGUCUGUGGGGUUCCUGUUCACGAACUGCAUGUAAACGAACACCUUGAUAGCUGCUUAACCAGUGAUGAAAAGAAAGAAAGUCUCCGAAGCUCUGGACACAAAAGAAAGCCCCUGCCUAAAGUGGUGUAUAACUUACUUUCUGACCGUGAUCUGAGGAAAAGAUUGAAGGAGUAUGGACUGUCUACCCAGGGAUCAAAACAAGUGCUCAUUAAAAGACAUCAAGAGUUUGUUCAUAUGUAUAACUCACAGUGUGAUUCUUUAAAUCCCAAAUCAGUUGAAGAAAUAGUGAAAGAGUUGGAAAACAAUGAGAAGACUCGAGCACAGCUUGAAUCCAAGAUGGCUGGGAAUUAUGGCAUGACAUUUACAAAGCACCAGGCAGAGAAUGAAAUCGAUGAAAUACAUAGAGAUUACCGGAAGAAACACAAAGCUGAAUUUCAGCUUUUAAUUGACCAAAUGAAUAAACGGAAGAAAAAACCAAAUAAAACCCGAACAGAAAAGGAAGAACCAGAGAAGAAAGAACCAACAGCUGGAAAACAACUUUUAGAGAUUGAGGAAAGUCAGAGUGCUGCGGAACAUCCAGACUUGGCCUUCUGUAAAGAUGAGGCAGUCAAGAAAGAAGCUCUGGGCUGUGCAAGAAGAGCAUCUCUUCAUUUGUCUGAAGUCAAAGGAUUGAUUGUUGCAUCCUCCUCUGGAUCCUCAACCAGCUCAAGUUCAGACAUCAUAAGAGAUCUGGAAAUUGCUGGGAUGUGUUCAGACUCAACAGAAAACAACCGUUUGCCAGAUGUGAAAAUGGCCAAGAAAAAAUCAAGAGAUUGUAGGAGCAGCUCAACACAACCCAGGAGUAAGCGAAGAAAGGAGUAGCAAAACAAAUGUAAAUAUCCCAUUCUCUUGAAACUUUGCUCAAUGCUCUUGAUGUGGUGCCAUGGAAAUCACCAAAAUAUCCUGACUUCCUCCAAAGUUUGGCAAUAAACCUUCCUGUCUUAAACACAUUUACUUGGAAGUAAAUUCUGUUAACAGCACUUGUAAGUAAAUAAACUUCAUAGAUUUCAGCUGUUUAUCUGUAACUGCUUCAAGUCCUGAAACAAAGUUAUAUCUGUAUUGACUAGACACUUUUCAUUAAAGAUACCAUCUUACAAUAUUGGUGGCUUUUAGUGUUAAGAAUGCAUACUGGUUUGCUAAGUCAUCAUCUGUUUCCCCAGCUCCUUACCAUCCCCUUCUGUGUCAUAUUAACAGGGGUGGUUUGGGAUGGUUGAACUCUGCAACACUUGUGAAUGGACCAUGAUUGUCUUGCUUGUGGAGAAGACAGAUGUAAUUUGUAAGCAGCUGCAAAAUGCCUGAUUUAAAAUAGUUUAUUUUGUAUGGUGGUAAAUGGAAACUUUGAAGUCCUUAGGAAAAGCUUGGAAUAAAUAGAAGUUCCAAACUA